AUUAACUAAAUCCAACGCCUCAGCCCCUGAACUUAGUGCGGCAACUGUCGAUAGCGGCUCUCUCCCGUGGAGAUGAUUAAAGACGCAUUUACCAAUUCUGCUUCAAAUCUAACGCCUUUAAAUAGCCUCUUCUUAACACAGGAACUAUAUUAGAAGUGAAAUUGUGGCUAUUAUGUGGAGAAAUGUCCUUCGCUUACUAUAAGAGAAAGUUGAGAGUUAGACAGCUGGUGACUGCUGCUCAGCUGUGCCAUCCAAGAAAUGUUGCUACUUUAUUCCUCGUGGCGAAUUUUUAACUUCAUUACGAAAACUUGUCAGAAAAACGAGGGCGAGACAUAACAGCUGCUGACUGGUUCCAAGACUUGGUGCCUCUUAAUCCUUGAAAAUAAUCCUGACUAAUGCGAAGACCACAAUUUAUCAUACCCACGAAUAGAAAAGCAUGUGAUAAUACGAUGAUAACUUUGCAAUCCCACUGAGAAUUAAAAUAGCUUUCCUGACGUGAAGUCAUAAGUCAAAAUAAACCAAUACGAGCAUCAAAAUACAUUAAUCGACAUAUAACCCUAAACUCAUAUGCGAGAAUCACUAACAGGAGGCCAAAAAUAGGACACCCUUUUUACCUCCACGACCUUUUUGUGACCUUAAUGACCUCCAUAUACCCUUAAGGAGCAUGGACUCUGACGUCCUGGAAGCACCUGUGUCCCUGGAAUGUCUCUGGAGCAUCCUGGAAGGGGCGCCGUGAACUGGAACACCCUGACUUAACUCCAACCUGCAGCUGAUCUGCUGACUGACUGAGGAACCCGGUCGGAGUCCGUGACCUACUCGGUUCCUUUAAAUUUGCCGAAAUACCACUGAAUCUUAAUUUUAAUGUUCCAAAGUAAGAUGGGGCUGUGAGGAGUGUGGUGAGGCAGCGCAGGAUGGAGCAGCUGCUGCUGAGUGAUGCCUUGGAGUGUUCAGUGUGUCUGGAACAGCUGGGGUCCAACUCACGUGUUCUGCCAUGCCAGCACACAUUCUGCAGGCGUUGUCUGGAUGAUAUUGUUGAAACCCACAAGGAGCUGCGGUGCCCAGAAUGCCGGGUGUUGGUGGAGGCCGCGGUGGACGAGCUGCCACCCAACAUCCUGCUGAUGAGGAUCCUGGAGAGCAUGAAGAGUGCACCUCGCCCUGCCCUGAGCCAGCCCAUCAAGCCGAGCCAGACCGUGCCUCACCCCAGCCAGCCUCCCGGCAGAUCAGACCCCCAUGACGGCCCUCCUCUCACUCAGGCACCCCCUCCUCCCACCAUCCAGUCUUUCCAAACCUCCAUUGCGUACACUGGCACUGAUUCCACACAUGGCUUCACUGGAGGAGGAGGAGGGGGUCACAGUGGGCCAUUUGGGGGAAGUGCACUCAGCGGGACCACUUUAGGGGGGUACAGCGGCUCUCUAGGGAGGGAGGGAAGCAUUGGGCAUGGAGGCUUUAAUGCUGGGGUCACCUCCCUAGGGAACCUCAGCAUCAACCUGACCCCUUCCACCCAGAGCUCCCAGCACUCCCCACUCCCUCUCACCACUCACAGACAGACAAGCCUUCAGCCAUGUGCAAAAGCACUUUACAACUAUGAGAGGAAGGAAGCAGGAUCUGGUUACAGAGACCUGAGCUUCAAGAAGGGAGAUGUGAUAAUACUCCGGAAAAAGAUAGACUCAAACUGGUAUGAGGGAGAACUUAACAACCAGGUGGGAUUCUUUCCUGCCUCUUAUGUUCAGGUCAUCACUCCACUACCAAGUCAUAUUCCACAGUGUAAAGCUCUCUAUGACUUCAAGAUGACAAAUGAUGAGGAGAGAGACUGCCUGACUUUCAACAAGGGCGAGAUUCUAACAGUGCUGCGGCGAGUGGAUGAGAACUGGGCUGAGGGGAAGCUUGGUUCACGCAUUGGGAUCUUUCCGCUGUCCUUUGUAGAUCUGAACAGUGCUGCCAAGGCCCUCAUGAAGCUCUCCCUCAACUCACAACAGGGCCCCUCGCGUGUUGCUCCUCCAACUCCUACUAGGUUAGAGGGGGAACCUGCCACACCCUUAAUUCUGAGCGAGGGUCCUGGCAGCCACCCUCCCUCAACACAGCCACAACAACAUGUCCCUCUUCAGAUAGAGUCAUCAUCCUCAUCAUCAUCUGUGGUGACCAGCCCUGACCCUUCCCUGCCCUCACCCACCACCUCAGCUUCCCCACCUAACAUUGGCCCUUCCCCCUCCUCCCCUCUAGUACAAUCUUCAGCUGUAGCCCCUCUCCUGCGGGGCCCAAGCAAGAGGCACCAGCGGGAGAAGAGGCACAGCUUUACUGCCGUGCGCACCACCCAGAACCCCAGCCCCCCGCGAUCUCCUGCCUCCCCUCAAAGGCAUUCAGUGGAGAUCAUAAGCCCCACUGAGGAGAACACCAGCCCGGGCAGCACCACUGCCCCCACCAAUGGUAAUGGCAAUGGUCUGGUGCCUCAGGGCCCGAGUAGCCUGGAAGAGACAGUGGCCGGAGGGGAAGUGACCACCCCACCUGAAUCCAUGGGCUCCCCUCGCCUCCGUACCUCUACUCAGUCCUCAACCCCACCCAUGUCUUCCUCCACUCCUCAAGUCAAUGCAACGACCUUUUAUGUGGCACUGUACUCUUACCGUGGACGCAAGGCUGACGAGCUGGAGCUGAAGAAGAGCCACAUCUACACUGUCACCGAGAAGUGUCAGGAUGGCUGGUUCAAGGGCCGCUGUAUCACCACAGACCGCACUGGUGUCUUCCCAGGAAACUAUGUCCAAGUUGCCAAGCCACAGAUGAUAUCAGCGUACCUGGCCAAGCGCAAUGCCCGCAGCUCCUCCACCAACCACAGCGAGGGCGGCAGCGGUGGUGGCUCCCAGUCGGGGUCGUCCAGUGGGUCAUCCUCGGUGCCUCAGACGGGAGUGGUGAGCUACACACGGCCGAGACCAAACCUGAGUGGUGGUCCGGAUGGAAGGAACUCCGAUGGGUCUCGCGGUGAGAACACAAGUCUCCUGGACACACCGGUCCACUCUAUGGUUCCCACUCUCUCUCCAACUCACUCAUCACCGCAUGCAGGGUCUCUCUCCCCAGGGGCGGCUGGAGGGCUGAUGGGAGGCAGUCCACCGUGCCUACCCCCAGAGCUGCCCCCAAGGUCUGUUAGCUCUGGCACAGAGACGUCCUCGGCUCACCGCACAAGUGGCCUCACCUCCUCCUCAUGGCACCCUUCCUCCCAGACACCUCAGGGCUUCAGUGUCAACCAGAGGUCUGUUAGUGGGAUUAGCAAUACUGUAUCACCACCUCCAAACAUUGCCCUGGGUGAGAACAGCUCAGUCGCCACCAGCAGCACAACCCCAGCCAAGGUGGAAAGGGUACGUCGAGGACUUGAGAAAAGCACAAAGGACAGAGGUAGCAGUGGGGGCAGUGGUAUGAGUCUGAUGCGCAAGUUAGCAAGCAGUGGCAAGAAGAAAAGCAAGUCUCCUCCCCCAUCCUACUCUAUGGAUAACCCUGUGUUUGAGGACUCCACUGUGUCCACCAAUGUCCUGCAGCACGUCCAUACAAGGUCAGGGUCUUGUCCGGGCACUCUGGUAGGUGGGGGUGCUGGAGGUGUCUUGGUGACAGGCAUAGGCUUUGGUCCAAACUCUCGCCUUCGUGCUGCGGGGGGGUCCUGCCGUGUUAGGUCCCGAGACAGGCCUAAUGUCUUCUUGUCCAACCUGAUGUUGCGGGGAAGGAGUGGAAGUAACCCAGACACGACUGGCGUUGGGGUGUCUUCUUCCCCACUGUCCUCCUCCCCGCCACCAGGCACACAGGGCAACACAGACUCAGCCACAGACACACCACGCCGCAAAAAGCAGCCAGCACCACUCGUCCGGGAGAGGUUCCGAUGCAUCGUGCCAUACCCCCCCAACAGUGAAUAUGAGCUGGAACUGCAGCUGGGGGACAUUAUUUACGUUCACAAGAAGCGGGAUGAUGGAUGGUACAAAGGGACUCUCCAGCGCACCGGCAAGACUGGCCUCUUCCCUGCCAGUUUUGUUGAUUCCUGUUAACCUGCGGUGAUGGUGAGACUGACUCUGAUGCUCACAUGUCAUGAGCAAGACAUAAGUGGUCCUUAUGCUGUAAUGGAAAAUGUUCCUUACAACCUGUGACUGCCUUAUCACUCUGAAUUUUGACAUAGGACCAUUUCUCUAAUAUCUAAGUAGAAAAGUUUUCUUGCUCUGAUUUUAUGCAGACUGCACAAAAUGACGUGUGAGGUGAGGUUGUGGCUGACACAUCUGGUUUACACACCACCCAAAGCACUGUGAGGAAGGCAGUAGUGGCCAGGUGCAGAUGACUGGCUGGAGUCAGACUGCAGCCCAGUGCAGACUAAUGCUAGGUCUAAAAGACUUAUUCAUCAGAAAGAUGAACAAAAAUAAUCUACAUUUACUUGAUAUAUUGAUAUGAAAGGUUCAUGGAUCCUUUCAUUCUGACUGCUGGAAGCUUCUGUGUACAUGAAGAAUCUGCUAGAAGUAACUACUUAACAUUAGAGUACGUAGUAAGUGAAGCCAUUGAAGACUUGGGAGACUCUUCACAAAUUACUUGUUGUUUAUUUACAGUACUCUGAAAUGGUGCUUGGAAUACCAGCUACCUUCUAAGGGUGUAGGGUUACUUGGUGAUGGUAGGAGGCCGGUGGUGCCCCCUGGUGUGCCUGUGGUGCUGCUGGAGUCUGUGGAGUCGGUGGUGCCUGGGCAAGCAGGGGACAGAGGGGGAGGGACAGGGGGUGCUUCAUGUGUCAGGUAAACUUGUUGACAAAUUGCUUAAUGUAGUUUAUUUAUAUGUAUAUUUGAAUACAGACUAACUACAUUGUUCAUUGCUGAAAUUUUAUAUAUAGGUAUGUAUUGUAAAGAUAUCCUGUAAACUCAUGAAUUGUAUACUGAAUUAUAUAGGCUUAUUUUUUCUUGCCACUCAUACUUUAUUUAUUCUCACAUUAUUUUAUUCCUUCCUAGAAUUUCCAUGCUGUUUGCCUAUUCUUUGUAAUUUAGUAUUUUUUUCAGAUUUUCCUUUGCUUACUUUUUAAGAUUCAGUAUUCUAUUUUACAUAGUAAAUGAUACUAUUUUCCAAAAAUCUAUACUAGCCAUGUUUUUUAUAUUUUCAUAUGAAGAAAAUCAUCCUUGACAUACUUACAUAUUAAGCAUAAAUAUUUAUAUUUGAGAUAUGUGAAAUGACAAGUAUUAUUCAUCAAUGUAUAUUGGAUACAUAUAAUCAUAAAGAGUAGAGUAUUUUUAAGGCCCUGAACAAGUAUAAACAAUCCCUUUGUGAGAGCUCAUAGCUGGAUACAUGUUGAGUCAUAUCAGAUGUUUUAAAUCCUGUUGCUUCAUUUUGUAUGGAAGAUAAACUUAAAGUGACCAUAAAAUAAUGUUAAGAAUGGGAAUGAGAAAUCCACUAAUGUAAGACAUGCAGUUAUCAGUACUUGUGGCUCUCUCUCUCUUUCAUUAAGGAAGCAUUUUGAUAGUCUUUUGAAUUAAUUGGUAACAAACAUUUGAGCUUCGAAGCCAAGUGCACUUCAACACUUCAACAAAGAAAUAACAUGUAAUUGGAGGUGAACAGCUUGAUGUAUUUAGAAUAAUAGGUGUUGUGCGUUUGUGUCAUUGUAAAGUGAAUGGCUUGAUGGACUUACCUUUACUUUCUUGCAUCUGAUUAUUACCACAAAUGUCAGGGUGAGGUGAUGGAUGACACUUGAGGGCCACUCAUGAUGCUUUUAUAAGUUGAUGUUCUUAACGUCUCAUAUCUCUCCACCUACCACCACUCUUUUCUUCUGGUACACGUGCAUUGUAUUCUACAAAGUACACGCAACCUUAGAGAAUAUUAGAAUAGUGUGUCCUGUGAGACUAGAUCACAUUGGUCUUGUGUAAGAAAAACAAAGAGAAUCUGUGAUGACUCAUUACCCAUUCCAGUCUUGCUUAAGUUGGACAUGAGAGAUCAACAGCAAGUAUCUUUUUAGCAACACAUGACCAGUUCUACAUGACUAAUGUGUAUAAUGUGAUGACACAAGAAUAUAAUUUGAUAUAUAGCUCAGAUUACACUUCAGGUGAUAUUAGAUGCCAAAUUUAGGGCUCCUAAUGUAAUAUAUGAAUGCUUGUGUGUUCAGUCCUCAGCUUGUGAGUGCUUAGAGGUUCCAGAGCUUAGCAGGAUGCUGUGGUCACUGCUCUGAGUGAGGAGGUUUUGUAUUCUGAAGUUAACAGCUAUUGUUUUGUCUUAUUUUCUUACCAGCAAUACAUAUGAAGUAUUAUGAACUAUUAUGAAUUACUUUAUGUACUGGGAUAACAUUCUGAAGUGAUCCCCACUCAUUCAUUACAAAUUAGAGGUAUAGUUGUGAGGUAUUAGGUAGAUUUUUUUGUCUCAGUUUCUGACCAGCAUUGUGUAUGAUCAGUUAUGUUAUUACAGAUGAGAUUUACUUUGAAAUUGAAGUUACAGUAUGAAGUUGUGAAGUGAAGAGUGAUUUUUAGUCUUAUUUUUCUAACUACCAUCACACAAGACCACUAUUAUAUGACCACUGUUAUGUUACUCUACAUAUGAAGGUCACAUUUUUUAAUGACCUCCACUUGUUCAUUACAAGGUAUAGGUAGUUGUGAGUUAUAUUUAAUGGUAUUCAUAGUUGUCCUGCUGACCAAUUAAUAUUAUCACACUGAGUAACUUGUACAGUCAAGGGCCUUCAUCCUGCAUGCCUACAUACCAGUCACUCUAUUAACACAUCUGCAUUUUCACCAUCACAGUAUUUGUUAGAAAGUCAACUAGAGCAAGUAGUGUUUUACAAUGUAGAUCUUCAACACUGUAGAUUAGUGAAAAAAGUGCCUCAAGUUAUUGAUUUUUUCUGUUCAUAAGUUAUCAACACUUAUGAAAGGCCAGUAGGUAGAUAUUACUGCAAGUUAAACAAAACCAGCUAUUUUAGCAUAGCAGUGCAAGGAUAAAAAAAUUGCAUGGCACUGAAAUAUACCCACUAGCAGGGGCUGAUGUUCCUUUGGGAGCACUGGCUUGUCUUAAGCACACAUGACAGACAACCUUGAGAAAACACGAAUAACAGCUUUCAUCUGCCCUAAGAGAUGACAUGUUUUAUAUGCACACACAAGAUACAUUCACUUUAUUUUUCCAGAUUUUGUAUCAUGCCCUUUUUAGAUUUAUUUAAUAGGUACUGACUAAAGGUGAAAACAGAGAAUGUCGACUCUUCUUUUACAGGAUACUGCUUGGAUGCUAAAAGUUGGAACUAAAAAGGAUUAGUUUAAAAUUGUCAGAGCAAACUGUAGACAAGCAUGUAUGGAGAGGUCAUGUGGCUCUACAAGACUGUACAGCAACUACUGGCUGUCACUCAUUUGGAGAAUGUGCUGGCAGAGUUCUUUAGGUGUAGAGUGAAUGGGUAUGUUGGGUAUGUAACUCAGUGUGUGUAUAUGUAGCCUGUAGGAGGAUUAUGUAUAGGAAAAAUACAAAAAAUAAAUUAGGGAGAAGUCGUAAUAUUGUGAAUUAGUCUUGGAAAUCUACAUACAUACAAGUGUAGUCUUAAAACAGUGUGAUGAGCAGCAGUGACUUGAUGUUUGGUGCCAGUAUGAGGGAAAAAAGGAGUAAUUUUAAGGCCCACUAAGUUAUUUUUGGAACCUUUGUAUAGCGACAUUUUAGGUAUGUAUUUGGUGCGAGUUUCCAAGUAUUAGUGUGUGUUCAAGAUGCAUUACUAGCACACCAUGCGGCCUAGACCACUGAAAUGCUUCUUAUCUAAAUCAAUAUAAAUCAAUAUACAUAUAUAUAUAUAUAUAUAUAUAUAUAUAUAUAUAUAUAUAUAUAUAUAUAUAUAUAUAUAUAUAUAUAUAUAUAUAUAUGUUAUUUUCUGAUUGAAUUUUUCUCUCUUAGUUAAUUUAGAAGUCAUUGACAACUUCAAAAAUUUUUUCCUCCACUUUAUUAGACUUUUUUUUUUUUUUUCAAGAUUUUUAGGAUUGUAUUGUACACUUUGUUUUUUUACAUUAAGUUACAUAUGAACUAAAAGGUUCUUAUUAAUCUCAGUUACAGUAUUUAUAAUUUAUUUAAGGUUUAGUCAAACUACUAAUAAGUUUAAGAUAUAUACUUUUUAUCACCUAGUUUUGUAUUUUUUUUUUUAAGCAUUCAACAUUUUUUUCUGUAGUUUUAUAACUAACUUUUCUUUUCUUUUUUGUUUUGUUUGCAUGUGCAGACCCUCUGUUACGUGUGUGGCGUGUUGCCAAAUAGGAACUGAGAGUGUUUAGCUACAGACUGGUUCUCACCGCUGAGUCAGAGGUUGUAGCUACAGUGGAAGCUCAGUAUUUCACAUUUUUCCCUUCAUUCCAGUUGUAAAUGUACAGUCAUGAUCAGUAGUAAGGUAACCUGCCACACUUGCUUGCACUGAGUUUUAUAUUCUUCAGUCUUAAGUCCUGAGAUGUGCUGACAUUGUAUCUGUUGUUUGGUUUUGUAAAAAAGACUGGCAGUAGACUAGAGGACUUAGAUCAAGGGAAGAUGCUAGAGUGGAAGUGAGUGACAGGUUACUUAACUCAUGAAUUUUUACUGUACAUUCAAAACUAGAUAAUUAAAGCAAAAAGAUAUAAAGUGUAUCAGAAAGUAGAUGCUUAGGAAUAUACUCUAAAAACCAGGGAAAGAUAAACACUUCAAAAAUAGAUGCUCAAGAAUGUGAUACUGCCAAAAAAAAAAAAAAAGGAAAAAUAUAAAUAAAUGAGAAAGUAGAUGCUCAGGAACAUGAUACUAUUUAAAAGUGGAAAAGUUAUGUGUAGAAGAAGUUGAUGCUUAAGAAUAUGAUACUUAAUAAAAAAAAAAUAAAUAAAUAAGUGGAAAAAGGUGUGAGCAAAUAAGAAAUAAGAUACUUGAGAAUUUAAUACUACUGAAGGAAAAGUAAAAAAAAUGUAAAUUGGGAACUUAAUACUUAAAUAUAUGGUAUUAUCUAAAAAGAUGUAAAGUCACUCAGAAAAUAGAUACUUAAAAAUAUGAUAGUAUGUACUUCAGAGAAAAUAUGUGUAACACAAGAUCACUUUUGGUAUUCAAUUCUUAUUAUGAUAAAUUUAAUUCAGUCACAAAUUACUUGAAAUAUUGUCUAAAUGCAUUUAUGUUUACUUAGACAAUGGGGAUCUCAUUGAUUCCAUUUUGUUGGCAUAAUACAUAUGGAUGCUCUUUCAGUAGGUUUUAAUCUUGUGUCCUUUGUUAAUAAUGCACCAGUGAUGACAAGUGUAAUGUGUUUGGGAUGACAGUUCACAUCAGUGAUCAGUAACUCAAUGUCUAUCUUUGUAAUACAAUGGAUACUUGGCCUAAGACUCAUUUGACUUAUGUGCUAACCAACCAAAAAAAUUUUGUAUAUAUUUUUUUUAUUUUGCUUGCAACAGCUAACUUGGCAUAUGGUUAAAUUGUCACUUGUGUGAGUACAAAAUUUAUAUAUUUUUUUGUCGCUAUAAUCAUACAUUUGUUAAUGGUAAAAACUGUGCUAUCCAUUCUUUAUAUGCAUUUUACUGCACUUUUAAAUGACAAAAUCCUUUUUUGAAUUCUUUGCAUUUUCCAAUAAUAAAGUCUUUCCAUCUAAUUGCAUUUUGCUUCUAGCACUGAUUUUGGAACAGAUUAUGGUUGUAAGCCAAGUAUACCAGUGUAUAAGUUAAUUACAGUUUACAAGACAAAGUACUUUCCUUAAAAACUGUUUGUAAAAUAAAAAUAUGUAAAUCAAGAUCAGCAACAAAUUUUAAAUGUUUCAGUUGAUACAUACUUGAGUAUUUAAAAUUUUUCUUCCUUAUAAGUGUGAAUUCUGCACUUGUAUAUCAGAACAAUGGACAAAAUUGUUUUAUAGCUUUGAAAAUUUAUUGCAUGUUCAUGAAUUCCAAUUUGUAUGUAUGUGAAAUCCCUUACUUUCCUUUUCAAAUGUAGAAGAAAUGGUUAAGUAGACACAGACAAGGAAAUCAGCUUCACCAUCAGUCCCAAAGAGCACUCAGAGAAAACUAGGAUCCAAGGUACUUGUAUAGAAAUAGCUGCUGGCACGCCGCUCCUGCUUCAUGCAUACUCCUGUACAAGCCUGCCAAUACUCAGUCUAGGGUCACACAUGUUGUGUGGCUGUAGUGUUUGUUGCUCACUGACUUCAACUGAAAACUGAGCUUCUGCUGUUAGAUUUCAGCGUGUGUUUAUAUGAGUGUGUGUGUGUGUGUGUGUGUGUGUGUGUGUGUGUGUGUGUGUGUGUGUGUGUGUGUGUGUGUGUGUGUGUGUGUGUGUGUGUGUGUGUGUGUUAUCAUGAUAAGAAAAUGGAACAAGUUCUGAUGCACAAGGCAAUCCCCAUUUUAUCAGUAGUUGAACAAGAAUGAAUAAAUCUCCCUCAUCAGGUGAAAACCCAUGAAGUUCAUAUGUAUGUACGUAUGUAGGUAUUGCCAAAUCUGAAGCGCUUUUGAAAAAAGAACCUAGUUAAGUUAUUGUAAGUUGAAGUUAAAUCUCAGUAAGUGUUAGGUUAAGAAUACCAAUUGAAAUUAGCAUGCAAUCUUAAUUUUGUCUUUUUUAAAAUUAAUGUAACACUGAUGCAAUAAUUCUGAGGAUUGUUAUAACUUGGAAAACGAAAAAAAAAAUAAAUAAAACAAAAGUAUGUAUAUGCUAAUUCUUGCAUAGUUUUGUUGGUAAUGUGUGCAAUUUUUAGCUGAGGCUUUUUGUGAUAUUGGAAAUAGGUCUUGAAGCAUAACUCCUGCCUGGUGUUCUGUGUGAGGGAUGCUGGACAUUAUGUUUAAUUUUUUUGUCCUGUGUAUAGUGUUGUUCUAUGAUAAAUUAUAUGAUAUUCC